AAAGAGAGAGGGCCCUGUUUGUAAAGAAACAACACGAGCUUGGUUUUGCUGAUUUACACUCUUCUAAAGCUACAUAAGGCGGGGAACACUGCUGCAUGCACAAUUAUUUUUGACAGUGUUAACACACGUGGGUAUUAUUAUUACGUUUCAAAACGCAAUAAAUUAUUCUGGGUUUGCUGCGCAUAUAUUCUGUGUAAGAGGCGAUAGCUUGCUAGCUUGCAAACUCACUGCUGCCCACUAUGAUUGUGGUCUCCUCCUGGUCCAGCACUAGCACACAAAGUUCCUUCGUUAUUGUGUGUGUCAAAUGGCAUCAUAUUCCCCAUAUAGUGAACCACUUCCUCAACAUCAACCCUGUAUGGCUCUGGUCAGAACAGAAGUAAUGCACUAUAUUAGAGAAUUGGUUGCAAUUUAAGAUGUUCCCCAUGUUUCUCUCCACAUAUAGUCCUAUCCUGCAGCGAUGACCAAGUGCAAGAAGAAGAAGAGGCAGGAUGACUUCCAGAAGGUCAAGCUGAAGGUGGGGAAGACUAAGCCUAAAGCUGGCAACGCCACCAACAUCAACUUCCGCACCAAGGGAAUAAACCUAACUGAACAGCUGAAGAAAGAUGCUAACGCACCCACCACACACAGGAAGCUCAACAUCAAGGUAGGUAACACACACACACACACACACACACACACACUCCUCUACUGUACCUUAUGCUGUGUGCCUCCCCUCUUCUAGGACCUGUUGUCCCAGCUGCAUCACUACAGUGGUACAGUGAAGCAGGGAGCUCUUGUGGGACUGAGGGAGCUGCUGACCCUUCACCCCUCCGAGUUAGAUCAACACCUCUCCAGUCUGCUCAGCGAGGCCGCUGCCGUCUUCACAGACAAGGACCCCAAUGUACGGAUGUCUGCCACACGUCUGCUCAGGUUAGAAAAGUAUUUUGUUAUGACAGUGGGAAUUUGACUUCAGGUCUGUUCCCCAACCCCCACAAUACCAUAAACCACUUGAGAACAGCACAGUCCUUGGAGAAAUGCAUUAAUGCCAGUUCCUCUCCUACUGUCGCACCUUCCUACCCAAUCUGGGAUUGGAACCAGAAACUCUCUUGCUACUAGUCCACCUCCCUAACCUUUAACCUCUACUCUCUCCGUGCCCGGCCCAGGUUCAUAGCCCAGAGUGUGCCAGCGGAGCGGACGUCUCCAUUCUUCCCUCUCCUCUCUGCCCACCUCUCCUGUGCCAUGACCCACAUCGAGACAGGCAUCCAGGAGGAUGCCCUGAAGGUCCUCGACGUUCUGCUGGACCACUACCCUGCCCUGCUGGCCGCUCGUCCCGCCCUGCUUCUCACCAACUUCCUGGAGCUGAUUUCACACAGAAGCACUGGGGGCGGGGCCAGGAAGGGGCAGGAGGGGAAGGGGAGGAGCUGGGCCCUGUCAGUCAACCCUAACAGGAACGUGACUGGUCAGCAGUGGAGACUCACCGUGCUGUUCAGGUACUUACACACAUGCAUACACUUGCAAUGAGCAGUAUCCUAAUGGUGUGUAUAUGUAUUUUUCUGUCAUCAACUUUGUGUUAUGUGUUUUCCAGACUGGGGCGUUUUCUUCAGGCGGUAGUUGAGGAGAGGCGAGGGGAGGAGGGGGUUGCGUGUGUCUCAGGUGACAUGUUCGGUGUUUUGAAUGGACAAGGAGGAGCUAACGCACCUUUGGAGCUCAACUGGGAGGAGCUUACCUACGGAAAAGGCGGAUUCCAGGUGUUUGAACAUUCAGGAGCCAUGCCCACUCCGCACUCCACCUUCAAACUCAGGUACGCACAUCACACACACACACUUCGUUAACAAGCAUACACACACACAUACUCUGCUGACUCUCCUGCUCAUCAUCUGUCCCUUUCCUCCACUGUGUUUGUAGGCCGGAGACUGAGCCUGGGGCUGGGGUGAGUGAGGGGCUGGGCACAGGGGAGGCUGUGCGGGGCUUUGCCUCCACCCUGGUGCCCCUUCUACUAGAUGUCUGGGUAGAGGCUAGUGCCAGCGACCGGAGCAAGACUGACAGUGCUCAUCUCCUCACCCCCGACGCCAUGUCACUGAUGUACCAGGUCCUCUCCAUACUACAGCUGCUACGCAAGCUGGCGCCACAGAGAGAACACCAGGAUACACUGGUAACCACACACAUAUGAUCUCUCUCAGUAUAAGAUGUGUGGUUACCUUUGUUCUAUUAACAGUGGUGAUUGUGUGUUUAGGAUGCGUGGUUUCGCAGUGAGUACCUGGGGGAUUUUAAGCAGCACUUCAUGAAGAACUUCCCCUAUGGAAAUCUGGACACCCCUAAACAAAGGAGGAAGACAGACCCCAAGAGGUGAGGUGGUGCUAGGACCCUUGGUGUAUGUGUAGGGACUCCAGCUUUUCCCAAACUAGGGGUCGCUACCCCAUAUGUGUCGCCUGAUUUGAAAAUCGGGUCGUGAGAGAAACACUGGGGGAAAAAACAUCUAAUCUAUAGUCAACUGAAUGCGCCGCUUAGUCAUAGAACAACGGUUAGGGGAGUAACUGUAAAUUUCAGCUAUUAGCGGUUAGGACAAUCAGCGGUUUCUGUUUUCUUCCUACAAAUUUAGCUCUAACCUUUGAACAGUUUGAGCUAUUAGCAAUUAUGAUAUAUAAUAUCGUGGUCCUCUGUAGCUCAACUGGUAGAGCACGGCGCUUGUAACGCCAAGGUAGUGGGUUCGAUCCCCGGGACCACCCAUACACAAAAAUGUAUGCACGCAUGACUGUAAGUCGCUUUGGAUAAAAGCGUCUGCUAAAUGGCAUAUUAUUAUUAUUAUUAUAUCAGCACAAAAUGACUGGGGGGUGGGGGGGGUGGAGAACAUAAUUAAAAGUGUGUAUUUGGGUGUGGUAUGUCAGGAGUAAACAGGCACCUACAAUCCCAGGGCAGACAGUGGAACCCUUGGCUCUGAACGUGCUGCUCUGCCAGGUCAUGGUUUCCAUGGUUACCCUCAGCCAGGGGGAGGGGCCAGCCCAGGAACCCGACGCUGAGUGGCUGAUGCCUCUGAGGGGGUUUGUCCAAGAGACCAUGUCCAGUGGGGCCAAGCUGAGCCAAAGACACCUACACACACUCCUGGAGACUGUCUGGAGAAUGGUCACCACACAACGCAGCAGGGGUAAGACUGUCUGUGUGUGGGCUGUAAAAGGGUGCGGUUAUGAACUAAUCUUAAAUUGUUUUCAAAUGUCUGGUGUCCUAACCGUUGGUGUGUGUGUAGCGGUGACGGAGGACCUGUUACAGGCGGUGUAUGUUCAGUACCAGCAGAUGAACCUGAAUCUGCAGACCAGAACACUGCUACUUUCCUUCUACAGCAGACUGUACCUACAGGAACACAACCACACACACAUCGCCAGGUAACACACACACAUUCUAGUGUUUACUGUACCAAAUAACCAACGAUAUAUGUAGGCAUAACCAAGUCUGGAGUAGACUACUCUGCUCCUAAAACUCUUUCUUCCUCUUCGGUCUCUCCCUUCAGGAGUAGAGUGUUGUCUCGGUGGCUGGCAGCUCUGCCGCUCCAGUUGUCCCAGCUGGGCCACCGUAACCCCGCCCUCUCAGACAGGCUCCUCCUCUCCAUCCAGGCUGCUGCCUCCCGGGGGAACAAGGCCCUGCUGAACUCCCUACGCACACACGCAUGCAAGCUCUACGGUGAAUACGCACACACACACACACACGCAUGCAAGCUCUACGGUAUAUGCACAAAAACAUACACGUAAAGCUCCACUCAUAACAGUCGGGCAGAUCGUAUUAAACAGGUAGUCACUAAAUGGUCAUGCUGGAAAAGACACAAGUGAAGAUGUACCUUUUGGAGCUGUUUUCUAUGUUUCUCCACUGGGGGGCAGUAGAGGUCCAUCUGAACUCCAUAGUAGGAGACUGGGACAGGGAGGGAAGAGGAGAGAGAGGGUAGCAUGUUAUACAAGCUAGAGACAAAGGUUGGAGGGAGUAUGAGGUUGUGGGUGGAGGGGGCACCUGUGUUGUAAUAUAAGCUAAGACAGAGCUGGUGAGGGGGUUUGUGUUGUGAUAAAAGGCCCCAGAGAAGACAGAGCUGGGGAGGGGGUUUGUGUUGUGAUAAAAGGCCCCAGAGAAGACAGAGUGGGCGAUUCACCAUCACAAGACUCCGUUUGUCUGAACGGUCUGUGACAUCAGCAACGUGCGUCAGCAGCCAACAUAACAGAACACAGUACUAUCUGAUCGUUUCUGUUCUCUCUCUUUCACUCUCUCUUUUAUCUCUCUCUCUGUUUGUUUGAUUAAUUUUUUCUUAGACCAUAAACUGGUGAUGGAUAGUCGAUUCACUCUUUUACGUCAACAUUAGCUCCUUGUUGCUAGGUAAGGUGUGUGUGUGGGUGUUUACAACAUCAAAGUCCUGGAUAGGUAAAGGAGUGCAAGCUUUUGUUCCAGCCCAGCACUAACACACCUGCUUCAGCUAAUCAAGGACUUGAUGAUUACAUAUGAUUGUAAUAAUAGGGUUUGUUGGGCUGGAACUAAUGGUCUCCAGGACCGGAGUUGCCCUCCUCUGCUACAGUGGAUGAGCUGUAGUUGGUGUUGUGUAGAGCAGCCAAACUGGUGAAAAAAUACUACAGUCAGAACUUUAACGACUUAAACGAGGUAGAAAGUGUGUAGAAUUGAUAAUGAAUUUACAUUUCUAAAUAAUUUAAUCUCGGAACAAUUUUUUUUCUUCAAUCACAGUAUUUUUAAUAUAAAGCUUUUAGCGGCGCCAUUUUGGUUGGUUUUGUGGUCUCGAACCAGUGAGUUUAUUUAAAUUCUUAAUCAAGAAUAUGGGCAACAUUUUAUUAUUGAGAAUGAAAGAGAUGGGAAUGUUAUUCCCUUGUCAUAUAAUUUCUACAUUUAAUAUCAAUAUAGAAUAAAAAAUAGUUUCCCAGAUUGUAUUUGUACGAUUAUUUUUGGGUCCCGAUACAACCAGUUGAGAACCACUGGUGUAGAGUGUGUAUAUUGACGUGUGUGUGUGUGUGUGUGUAGACCCACAGGAGGGCAGUGUGGUAUUAUUACCGGCUGAGUCUCAGCAGCGAUUGGUCCAGCUACUCUACUUCCUGCCUGUGAUGUCACAGGGUCUGUUGGCCAAUCUGAGUCGCUGCUGCACUGCGGGACGCGUCUCUGCUGGCCUGGCUGCCUCCCUCAUACGCAUCAUACACCUCAGGUAACCCCAGCAACCUCCCAAAGCUACAGAUUGAGGUCAUAAACUCUGUCACUAACCCAGUGUUUAAACUUAAACAACGUUUGACCGUUGAGGUUUCAUCCUCAAAACAUUUAGUUGAUAUCCAGGGCAGACCAACAUCACAUGGCCUUUACUAACCCCAGACGGUUUAAAAUCUUUUAACUUAUUGCGCUUAAACUUUUAAACAUUUUCUAAAUAUAAUUUUCAAUUCAUAAAACUAUUUGUGUGUGUGAGCUGUCAGUCGUUCCUGGUUAGAGAGAGGAGACAGCAGACCGAUGGUUUGCCAGCUUAAUGGAAUCAAACAAUUAACCAAUUAAGACACGUCGAGGGUCGUGGCACAAGAUCAGUGGCACAUGCUGGACACACACACACACACACACUCUCUCUAUCUCUCUAUCUAUAUAUCUAUCGAUCUACACAAAGCAGAGCAGAGUCUUGAGCUCAUGGGUUAUAACCAGGCCUGGCACUUAGUUCACUAGACAUAGGCCUUUAGAUGGCAGUGUUGGUCCUUUUAGUGUGUGUGAGCAUAAGCAAUGUUCUGCUGUUUGGUCAUGCUGUGGUUUGGCAGUGAUUUCUCACACACAUCCGGUCUUGCAUAACGCUAUGAUGUCAUCAAUGUGCAUCGCCAGCAGGUGUGUGUGUAUUUGUGAGACACCCAGUGUUUCCUGUGUGUCUCUGGGGCAGUGUUACACACACCCGACUAGGGGUUGGGGCAGUGUGUGUAGACUGGGGGUUGGGGCAGUGUGUGUAGACUGGGGGUUGGAGCAGUGUGUGUAGACUGGGGGUUGGGGCAGUGUGUGUAGACUAGGGGUUGGGGCAGUGUGUGUAGACUGGGGGUUGGAGCAGUGUGUGUAGACUGGGGGUUGGGCAGUGUGGUGUGUGUAGAGACUGGGGGUUGGGGGCAGUGUGUGUAGAGACUGGGGGUUGGGGCAGUGUGUGUAGAGACUGGGGUUGGGGCAGUGUGUGUAGAGACUGGGGGUUGGGGCAGUGUGUGUAGAGACUGGGGGUUGGGGCAGUGUGUGUAAGACUGGGGUUGGGGCAGUGUGUGUAGAGACUGGGGUUGGGGCAGUGUGUGUAGAGACUGGGGGUUGGGGCGUGUGUGUAAGACUGGGGUUUGGGGGGAGUGUGUGUAGAGACUGGGGUUGGGGCAGUGUGUGUAGAGACUGGGGGUUGGGGCAGUGUGUGUAGACUGGGGGUUGGGGCAGUGUGUGUAGAGACUGGGGUUGGGGCAGUGUGUGUAGAGACUGGGGGUUGGGGCAGUGUGUGUAGAGCUGGGGUUGGGGGCAGUGUGUGUAGAGACUGGGGUUGGGGCAGUGUGUGUAGAGACUGGGGGUUGGGGCAGUGUGUGUAAGACUGGGGGUUGGGGCAGUGUGUGUAGCACAAAGGUUUCUUUGGGAAGUGGAAUGUGGCAGAGACGUCAUGGAACGAUGGCACGUCUCUUAUGUUACAGAACACACCAUUUAUUUAUCUCUAACCCCCCCCCCCGUCUUCUUCACACACACACACACACACACACACACACACACACAUACACACACACACACACACACACACACUCUGCUCGGGGGAAACUACAUUCUGUGUAAUGUGGUCAGUUCCAGAUACGCCUACAGAAAUGGACAUAAGUCUGACCCAUAUAAUCAGAAAACUAACUGGAACAAUCCUCCAUCCUGUAAGAUGACUUUUGUUAGGCUCUAUCACUCAACCAACGCUCCAUACCGUCCUCUUUCUCAGUCCAUUCUAACCUAUUUGCAUGUGCGUUUCAGGUCCUCUUUGAGUGGCUGGUCAGUAGGGUCUCAGGACGCGACCCUGCGUGAUGUUGACUACAUCAGCUUCCUGUUCUCCACCCUCACAGGUCAGGCUCCGCCCACACACGUCUCACUGAUAUCUGGUCAUCAGAUGUGAUCAAUCUUCAGGUUCGUGAAGAAGUACUCUCCAAGGAAACUGACCAAUCUUUCUCUCUUUCAGGGUUUUCAUCUGAUGAGUUGGCCACCCUGCAGGAGGCUGGGGAUGAGAGUGUGCUCCCUCCCUCCCCCCUCUCCCCCCUCAGCCUGUACCCCACCCCCCUGGAGCAAUUCACACACCACUGGGACGUUGUUGAGGUCAGGAAACACCUACCAGGGCUUUAUAAGUGACUGUUGUGACAGAAAGAGGAAGAGAGGGUGAAUGAGAGGGCGAGAUGGAGAGUAGAAUGUGAAAAGAGGACAGCGACCGAGAUGGAGAGAGACUGAGCACUUCUUCCAAUGUAGUGUACCUGUGAGAGAGGUAUUCUGGACACAGUGUCAGUUAUUUAGUUCCCCCUGGUGUCACACACAGGGCUCAGAGGGGGAAGCUUUAUCUGGCCACACUGGCCGAGAGGGGAACCUUUAUCGCGUUGUGCAGGCCGGGUCUGCGUGGUUAUCGGGCACCAUGGAAAUGCUAAUGAGAGCCUGUGGCAUGAUGGGAGUGUGACAUUUGUGCUCGGAAAUUACCGUUAACGGAAACGCACCCCGAAGCAAGAGGUGUGUGAGUGGGGGCUAUAAUCACUAAUUCAGCUCUUCAAUUAGAGCCUGAGAUCCUGGUCGUCUCAUCUCCAUGUCUGAGUCAAUCAGACUGAGGGUUGGGGGGGCAGGGGGGGACAGUAUUAGGGGACGGACCAUGUCUGCUCUGAUUCCACUAAUGAGACAGGAUUGUUUUUAAUGGAGGGGGAGAAUGCCAACAGGUGCACAGGUCUGGGGUCUGGUGUGCACACAUUCUAACACAUUGAACACACCUCAUUUCCAUAGAAGGUCAUGAGAAAUUGGGUUUUGAUUUGAAGUUAAUGAGGAAAGGUUUAACGUUGUUUCACACCUCUGAAAGUUUGUGUGAUGCCCUCUCGUCUCACCUGUACCCCUCUGUCGCUCUCUACACUGUGUGUGUGAGAGAGCAGUGCACUAAAGACAACUUCAUAUUGUAAUGUACCUGUUGGCUCAAACCUGUUAUGUAUCACUUCCUGUUCUCAGUACACAGGAAUGUGGGGAGAAAGACCAUCUGUUAGGUAGAAAAAUAACUAAGUAGACAUUUGCAUGUGUGUGUGGUAAUGUGGUUUGUCUGAUGAAUGGUUGUGGGUGAUGUUGAUUAGAGGAGAGAGUGACACGUGCCUCUCCUUCAUUUGUCCUCUAAUUCCAUCCCUCCAUAAUGUCAUUACUACUAUUGGAUUUCACCCUCCUUACACACACACUUCCUGAUUGUUUGGGCUCAUAAAACAUUGUUUAAAAAGAUUGUCCGAUCCGCCACAUGUCAGCUCCCAUUACCCAGCGUGCCUCAGGACUCGCUUAACCCUUUCAUUUUUAGGAAAAGGGGGAGUCUGGAGGAGAGUUAUCUGGUGGAUGUGGAAGAGAGGAGAGGUUACAAUCUGGUGGAUGUGUAACAUAUUGGUUACAUUACGUUUUAUUUAAUUUAAAAUGUUUGUCAUCAAGCAGACACUCAGAUAUUAAUGUUGUGACCUAUGAACUUUUAAAACAGCAGGAAGUGAUCUUAACCACUGUCUGUAUGUGCCGCCCACAGGAAGUGUGCCACUGCUUGGAGACGCUGGGGUCUCGUUCACAGUGCUUCGACGUGCUGCAGAACGGCAUCUGCAAGAACCUGGUGAGAUGGUGUACUUGUGUGGACUCAUCUCUGUGUGUUUGUGUGUGUAAAACUGUGUCUCUCUCCCUCCCAGAUGGGUCUGGCUGUGGUACCAGACAGUAUGGCAGCAGGGUUGUUAAGAGCUGUGGCCAGACUGUUGGACCUGUCCUUCCUCCCCAGUGAACCUCUGCUGAGGUUCCUGUCCCGCUGUUGCCUCAGCCUACUGUCUCUGCUACUGACCCUACAGCAGGACACCGCCUCAGAGAACAACCACAAGAGGUAGGCCUGUCUGUGUGUGUAACCUGUUUCCUUCCCUGUAGGUAGGUGGUGUGUAGAUUGUAUGUGUGUAUAGAUAGUGUCCAACCUCUCUCUCCCUGCAGGGAGGCGGUGUGGGGAGCGUGUGUGGCGGCGCUGAGCAGCGUUCCCCGGCUGUUGCGGUUGGUUCUGCAGUCGUUGCAAGUUAGGGACCUGUGUGAGGAGGAGCUGCCUCAGCUGGCCCAGAUACUGUCCCUGCUGCUGCAGCACACAGCGCUAUGCAACCAAAUGCUGGCUAACGCAACUCUGCUACAACGCAUCAUACAGGACCUCACGGUAAACACACACAGCCAACUACUCAACCACAUGCUGGCUAACGCAACUCUACUACAACACAUUAUACAGGACCUCACGGUAGUAAGGAAGCUAAAACAAGUAUCAUGUUAGAAUAAAAACAUGACAAUGCAAAAAAAGUGUGUGUUCUGAGGUUCUAAUGACGGUGUGUGUUCCAGAGGUACUGUCGAGGUGAGUCGAAGGAGCAGUGGAUGACUGACCUGCUGUACUGCUACAGCGUAACCAUGGCGACUCACCAUGGAAACCUGGGGCUCCGAGACAUCUACUGACCUAGGCCCCAAACCAACCACAGACCCUUCUUCCUGUUCUCUGUCCACUGUCUAACCCACUUGUCAAACUUAUUCCACGGAGGGCCGAGUGUCUG